AUGGCCCACCGCGGAGAGACUCUUCACAAAGAUGUGUGCUGCAUUGCCGACCUGAAAAGGCUGGGUAGUAGUCGGCUGGCACCAAUGGUGAGAGAUUACUACAAUGAAGGAGCUAUGGAUUUGAUCACCCUCAACGAAAACGAAACCGCAUAUGAUCGGUAUAAGAUCCGCCCUCGAAUCCUGAAAAAUGUUGACAAGAUCGACACAACCACCGAGAUCCUUGGAAGCAAGGUCUCGCUUCCUUUUGGCUUCAGUCCCGCCGCAUCUAUGAAACUCGCGCACUCCGACGGCGAGCUAGCAACUUCUCGUGCAGCCGCAGAAUACGGCCUCUGCAUGGGUCUCUCCUCCUACUCAAACUACCCACUUGAGGAUGUCGCCGCACAGGGUACUGGAAACCCAUACGUGAUGCAGAUGUGUGUUUUGCGGGAUCGAUCACUCACAAUUCAGCUUUUGGAGCGCGCAGAGAAGGCGGGAUACAAAGCACUAUUCCUAUCUGUUGAUGUGCCUGUCUUAGGAAAGCGACUGAAUGAAUAUCGCCAUGAAUACACCAUCCCAGAAGAUAUGGCAUGGCCGAAUAUCCUGAGCCACGGCGCUGACCACUCGGAUCGCACCGAUUAUGACCCUAGCCUUGAUUGGGAAGCCACUAUUCCUUGGUUGAGAGAGCACACUUCUUUGCCUAUCUGGCUCAAGGGUGUAACCACCCCCGAGGAUAUCGAACUCGCUCUCAAAUACAACGUUAACGGAGUCGUCAUCUCCAACCAUGGAGGUCGUCAACUGGAUGGGAUGCCAUCGACACUAGACGCUCUCCGUGUCUGUGCGCCUAUCGCCAAGGGACGUAUCCCGAUCGCUGUGGAUGGUGGUAUCCGACGAGGUUCCGACAUUUUCAAGGCUUUGGCUUUGGGAGCGGACUUCUGUUUCAUUGGACGAAUUCCAUUCUGGGGUCUUGCUUAUAACGGACAAGACGGAGUAGAAUUGGCGAUUCGAAUCCUUCGCCAAGAAUUGCGCAUCACUAUGGCCCUUGCUGGUUGUCGCUCCAUCAGCGAAAUUCAAAGUUCGUAUCUCUCCAUUCUGCGACCGGAUGGGAUAUUGUCCAAGCUGUGA